AUGGAGAAGGUACUGACGGAGCCGGGAUGUAAAGUGAGACGGAAGGGAGUGGGAACGGAUCCAGCGGACCAGAAUCUAGAUGCAGGGCAUCGAGGAGUACAGGAAGUGCCGAAGCGAAGCAUGGAACGCGGGGAGGCGAGAAGAGCUUCUGCAGCUCGCGGGUGGCUCGGUGAGAUAGUGGUGCGGGUUGCGGUUAUGGAGCGGUUGUGCGGUUGGAGUUGGUUGCGUCGGCGGUGGUUUGGUACGAUGGGCGCUAUGCGCGCAUGGCUAGCGCGCAGCGUGCGCAUCAGCGCACCAGCGCGAAGUCGCGCGAGAAGUGUGCGCGACACGAUUGUGUGUGAAAGUGAGUCAGUGCAUCAUUUCAAGCCUCCACGCGCAUCACCCGUUCUCCACACCUUCGCCCUCUCGACAUUGGCCAUGGCUCCCUCUCACACAAGCUCUAAACUCCGACCCAGAAGGUGCUGCAGCGAGUGCAGCAAGAAUCGCCGGGCUGUGUUCCUUGAGCCUGCACAUACCCCCACGGAGUCGAAGAGCCGUGUCCCGGGCGCACACGACCUCUCUCGUUGUCGACAGGCUCCAGCCAAUACUCGUCAGCACAUCGGUCCACCUGCUUACCCUUACCCUUGCGAGCACGAGGAGCAGGGGUAA